UUAGCGGUUUGACCGAUGAAUUUACACAAUUGACAACGCUUUCUUUGAUUAAUGUUGGACUGAACUCGCUUGAUGCUUCCAGCUCUACGUACAAUCGAUCUCAGUGACAAUAAAUUGUCUGGCGGUUUGGAAAAACUCGCGCAAAACUGUCCGCGUCUUUAUCAUCUAAAUUUGUGUGCUAACAAAAUUGAAGCGAUCAAAACACUUGAGCCACUUAAGGAACUUACAGAAUUGACAGCGUUAGAUUUAUUUGAUUGUAGUGUAACGGAGCUUCCACAGUACCGAAAGGAUGUGUUCACUCUGUUGCCACAAAUUAGAUAUUUGGACGGUUUUGAUGUAAAUGAUGAAGAAGCAGAUCUUUCAGAUGACUUUGGAGGAGCUGAGGAUGCUGGGAUUGGUGUUGAGGAGGGUUCUGAUGAGGAUGAAUUUGACAGUCAUGAUGAAGAAGAACUUGCUUAUUUAAAUUCUUCUAAAGCUGUUCAGGAUGAGGACGAAUCAGAGGAUUAUGUUGAUAAGGCAAAAAUGGCUACAGCUAAUGGAGAGAAGAAAAAUGGCGCUGGAAAUAUUCCGAAGGAAGCAGUUGCCGCUGAAAACAAUAAUAAUGCGAGAAAGCGCAAGCUCGAAGAGGCUUCUGGUGAAAAUGCUGAUGGUGAGCCUAAAACUAAAGUUUGA